GGGCGGGGACAGCGCGGGGCUGGGGUUGGAGCUGCUGGGGCUCCGCCGGCCCCACCGAAGCUCAGCUCUGAGCGCUGCUCUCUGCUCGGCCGCGUCCCGUCCCACCCCGCAGGCAUCCUGCCCUGGCCUCGGGCCCGCCCCGCUACCGCAGAUUGCUGCGUAACCUGGGCGAGCCCCGCCAUCCCCGCCCUGCCCGACAGACGGACAGACCGACCCCCGUGGGUUUCCGCUCUGCAGGGCCGUGCCCAGCUCUCGGGGUGCCCCUGAGCUGCUCGCUGCACCCGCACACAAAGCGAGGAGAUGAGAUGGAAGUAGCCUCACCCAGACCUCGUCCUGCUCCCGCAGCUCCAGCAUGACGCUCUGGCUCUGCAUGAUGCUGCGGUCGCUCACCUGCGCGUAGAGGAUCACCACCUCGGCCCCGUUGCGCAUGAUGUGCAGGCUCUCCUCACCCCGCAGGCUGAUGCCCGUGCCGCCCUGCCAUGAGUCUAUGAGCCCGCUGCGGAUCAGCGUGGGUAGCCUGCCCGUCCUCGCGUCCAUGACCAAAGGUGCCGAUCCCCGCUUCCGCCUGCGCUGGAGGGCCAUCGUGCUGUCCUCCGCCUGCGUGGGCUUCGUGCUGCUGCUCUUCUGCCUGCACCGCUCCCCUCCAGCACGGCCCAUCCCGCCCAACCCGCACGGCCGACACCUCCGGCUGCAGGAGGAGGACCGCUACAAUGACACCUACCCGCUGUCCCCACCCCAGCGGAACCCCGAGGGCGUCCGCUACCGCAUCGGGGUCAUUGCGGAUCUGGACACUCAGUCCCGGGGCUCUGAGGAGCACACCUGGUUCAGUUACCUGAAGAAGGGUUAUCUGGUGCUGUCGGCCAGCGGGGACAGUGUGACGGUGGAGUGGGACAAAGAGGAGAGCGUGCUGCAGUCCCACCUGGCGGAAAAGGGCCGGGGCAUGGAGCUCUCGGAGCUGGUUGUCUUCAAUGGGAAGCUGUACUCUGUGGAUGACCGGACUGGGGUGGUCUACCAGAUCGAGGGCAACAAGGCGGUGCCCUGGGUGAUCCUCUCGGAUGGGGAUGGCACUGUGGGGAAAGGCUUCAAGGCAGAGUGGCUGGCGGUGAAAGACGAACACCUGUACGUGGGGGGCCUGGGCAAGGAGUGGACCACCACCACGGGUGAGGUGGUGAAUGAGAACCCCGAAUGGGUGAAGGUUGUCGGCUACAAGGGUGAUGUGAGCCACGAGAACUGGGUGGUGAACUACAACGCGCUGCGGGCUGCGGCUGGGAUCCGACCCCCAGCAUCUUUUGAAGCAAGGCUGGUGGGUGUUGGUGUACGGGGAUGUCCCUGCAGCGUGGCAGGGUCCUGCAUGCCCUACGCUGACAGAGCCUGCUCCCUGCUGCAGGUUACCUGAUCCACGAGUCGGCCUCCUGGAGCGACACGCUGCAGCGCUGGUUCUUCCUGCCGCGCCGCGCCAGCCACGAGCGGUACAACGAGAAGGCAGACGAGCGGCGCGGCACCAACCUGCUGCUCAGCUCCAGCCAGGACUUUGGGGACAUCACAGUGGGACGUGUGGGUGAGGUGGUUCCCACUCACGGCUUCUCCUCCUUCAAGUUCAUCCCGGACACGGACGAUCAGAUCAUCGUGGCAUUGAAAUCGGAGGAGGACGAUGGCAAGAUCGCCAGUUACAUCAUGGCCUUCACGCUGGAUGGGCGCUUCCUCCUGCCUGAAACCUGGAUUGGGAGCGUGAAAUAUGAGGGCAUUGAGUUUAUUUAACAGACUUGAAACCAGAGGGGUGAGGGAGGAUGGGAGGGUGCGGGCCGGGCCCUGUUGGUGUGCUCAGAACGAGGAGCACACGGUGUGCCUCCCGGCCCAGGGACGCAUGAAGCACUCCGAGCCCUGUAGUUGGCGUCCCAUGUAAAGCACUGGCUUUGCUGCAGCCUGCAUGGUGCGAGUGUUUCGGCAGUGGCACCUGGUGGCAACGGACUGCCACCACAGGGUGUUGCUCCCUGCCACCAGCCCGGGCUCGGCUGCUGAAGCAGUCAAGGCAGUGAGGUUUCCCUGCGCUGCAGAUGUUGGUGCCCAGAGCCUGUGCAGGGAGUCGGUCAUUGGCUCUGGUGACAGCCACGCUCUGGAUUUGCAGCCAAGGAGGGAGCUCAGCUCCUCUGCCCCCAUGCCAGCCUGGUGCCCGGGGCACUGUCCUCACAUCCCUGCGGUGCUGAGCUGUGGUGCUGCAGCUGUGGAGCCUCUCCUGACCUGCCUGGGGGUGGGCUCUGACCUGGGCCCUGGGGCCCCUCCACACUCACAGCGUGUCCUGGCAGGAGAGGCUCUGCUUGUGUCCCCAGCACCUUACUGGGAGCACACGGGGUAUGUGUGUGAGACAGAUAGCCUCAGGAGAGGAGUGUUUGAGAGGGGACGCUGGCCGGGUCCUAUCCUGUUUCUGGCCCUCUUGGGGUCAUGGUGUUCACUGGGGCCGUGACCACAGCAAAGUGACAGCCAGGGCAGGGCGAGCUGAGACAUCACAGCUGCGGGGGAUUUCAUCAGGAUGUUUCUCACUGUGUUAGCUGUUUUUCCUUCCCCUUUUGCAUAAAUGGUGCAGCAAAUGUGUCGGUAA